AGAACGCAGCACAGUGGCAGUACUUCCGUUUGAGCUCUGACGAUACAUCAAGUUCUUCCAUGCCGAGGAACGGACGUGGCCCUACGGACCUGAUAUCAACCACCCAUGCAGCGCUGCCUGACUCUGACCCUUGCCCGGAACAGCAGGCUCCUCUUGAGAAAUAAAUUAGCAUCUGUCCGCUGCCAGCAGUCAGCAGCCAUGUCAGGACUCCUCAUCAACCAGCCCAAAUACUCCUGGCUGAAAGAGCUCGGCCUGUCCGAGGACAACCCCGGUGUUUACAACGGGACCUGGGGAGGCAGCGGGGAGGUCGUCACGUCUUAUUGCCCUGCCAACAAUGAGCCAAUCGCCAGAGUUACACAGGCUACUUUGGCGGAGUAUGAAGAAACUGUCCAGAAGACCAAGGAGGCUUGGAAGAUAUGGGCAGAUAUUCCGGCUCCGAAAAGAGGGGAGAUUGUGAGGCAGAUUGGAGAUGCGCUGAGAAAAAAGAUCAAAGUCCUUGGGAGCUUAGUGUCUCUAGAAAUGGGCAAGAUCUAUGUUGAGGGAGUGGGCGAGGUUCAGGAAUACGUUGAUGUCUGUGAUUACGCUGUCGGUCUGUCUAGAAUGAUUGGCGGACCCAUCUUGCCUUCAGAAAGACCAGGCCAUGCUCUGAUCGAACAGUGGAACCCAGUUGGUCUUGUCGGCAUCAUCACUGCCUUUAACUUCCCGGUGGCUGUCUACGGCUGGAACAAUGCCAUCGCUCUGACCUGCGGCAACGUCUGCCUGUGGAAAGGAGCUCCGACCACACCUCUCACAAGUGUCGCCGUUACCAAGAUCGUGGCUGAGGUGCUGGAGCAAAACAAUCUGCCCGGGGCGAUCUGCUCCAUGACCUGCGGAGGUGCCGAUAUCGGUACCGCCAUGGCCAAGGACGAGCGUGUGGAUCUGGUGUCGUUCACCGGCAGCACCCACGUUGGCAAGAUGGUGGCCAUGAUGGUGCAGGAAAGGUUCGGUCGCAAGCUGCUGGAGCUUGGCGGAAACAACGCCAUUAUCGUGUUUGAGGAUGCUGACCUAAAUCUCGUGGUGCCCUCUGCUGUCUUUGCAUCUGUGGGAACCGCCGGCCAACGCUGCACCACAACCAGGAGGCUGAUGCUGCAUGAGAGCGUUCACGACACAGUGGUCGAGAGGAUCGCCAAGGCCUACAAACAAGUCCGCAUCGGAGACCCCUGGGAUCCCAGCACCCUUUAUGGGCCUCUGCACACCAAGCAAGCUGUGGAUCAGUACCUGGCAGCUAUUGAGCAGGCCAAGCAACAGGGCGGCACUCUGGUCUGUGGAGGGAAGGUGAUGGACCGUCCCGGAAACUAUGUGGAGCCCACCAUCAUCACAGGGCUGGCUCACGACGCUCCCAUCGUCCACACAGAAACCUUUGUCCCCAUCCUCUAUGUCCUCAAGUUCAAGACAGAAGAGGAGGCAUUUGCCUGGAACAACGAGGUCCAACAGGGUCUGUCCAGCAGCAUCUUCACCAAGGAUAUGGGCCGGGUCUUCCGCUGGCUGGGACCCAAAGGAUCCGACUGCGGCAUCGUGAAUGUCAACAUUCCUACAAGCGGAGCUGAAAUCGGAGGAGCCUUCGGCGGAGAGAAACACACUGGAGGCGGAAGAGAGUCCGGCAGUGACUCAUGGAAGCAGUACAUGAGGCGUUCAACGUGCACGAUAAACUACAGCAAGGAUCUUCCUCUGGCCCAGGGAAUCAAGUUCGAGUGAAGCCCUGAAGUUGAUUCAUUAAGCUUUGAUGAGCCCAAAAGGACAACACUAAAUGUUUUUAAGCGGCAGAGUGUUGCCUAACAAAUGUAAGACAUUUGUUUUUGCAUUUAGAAAGGUCAGGUUUUGGAUGUGUCCCACUAGUCAUUUAUCAAUCUGUGUCUGCAGUUGUGGCUUUAGAUAUUAAUCCUAGAUUUGAAGUUUGAAAAUAAUUUAAAUGUCUAUAAAGGUCAAAUACUGUUCCCCCAAAUGUUGGUGUGCACUUUUCUACAAGCACUUAGAUAGUGGUUUUGGGUGUUAGAUGACUGAUAGAUAACAAGAUAAAUAAUAAUCUUUAUUUUGGAAGAAAAACUGGAGUCUGCAUUAUUAAUGUGUGGUAUUCAAAUGUGACAAUGAAUUAAGGUGCAGAUAUGCAUUGAUUGUCUUGCAUAGUUGAUUUUAUAUGAACAGAAAGACACUUAAUGCAAGUUACAGUAAUUCUAUCAUAAUAGUGCAAAUGGCAUUUCAUCACAGACUGCUUUAAAAACAAUCAUUAAGGUUUCCAAGAUCAUAAAAUACAAACAUGCAGGUUAAUAGAAUCUAGCUUUAAAAGCAUUGGCUGUUUGCAUCUCUUCUACAGCAUUAACAUACUGUAUUUAGCAUCUAAAGCAUCCGUUAAGAAAGAAUCAAAAUGUGCUUUUCAGACUAUCAAAGAACAAUAAAGACUUCUUCUUGA